AUGCAGCGCAUCUGUCUCUUUGUGGCCUCUGUUCUCCUGCUCGUCCACACAGGAUGUGUGUGUUCAGAGCGCACAAUCACCUGUGGAGAUCAUGUGCAACACCUCAACUGUGGACAGAAGAGUGAUGAUCCCCUGUCACCUGAUUAUGUACCUUCAGUAUUUGCACAUACAAAGUCCCCUGCAAGGAGACGUGCUGUGCAAAGCCUUGAGAAGUUCAAGGUGAGACAGAACUUGAAGAAGAAGAAACUCCUGCUGUCUUCAAGAAGCGAGGCGGCUAUGGCACUCCCGAACUUCUCAUCAGAGAUGAGCGAGAUGACCACUCAGCUCACUGAGAAUGACAUGCCUGAAGGCAGCAUCGGGUAA